CAUGGCCGCCAGACAAUACGAAAAUUGCUAACUUCAGGAUUGUCAAAGAAGCGUUGCUUUUGAGGUUAUCUCAAGAAUCAUAAGCGAGUCGUUCAUUGAAUUAUACCGGUUUAAUUUUAUAAAAUAGAUAAAAUCAAGUAUUACAAUGAAGCUAGUAAGGUUUUUAAUGAAACUCAGUCACGAGACGGUUACAAUUGAAUUGAAAAAUGGUACACAAGUUCAUGGAACGAUCACAGGUGUGGACGUAGCAAUGAACACACAUUUAAAGACAGUAAAAAUGACGAUAAAAAAUAGAGAUCCGGUUCAAUUGGACACCUUGAGUUUACGAGGAAACAACAUUAGGCACUACAUUCUACCAGAUUCUUUGCCAUUAGAAACUCUACUUAUUGAUGACACACCAAAAGCCAAAGCCAAGAAGAAGGAAGCUGCACGAGGAGCUGCGAGAGGUCGAGGACGUGGUGGUAGAGGAGCGAGAGGAGGUCGUGGAGGACGAGGUAGGGGUCGAGGCAGACGAUAGUAUUCAUAAUCAUGAUAAGAAAAUUCCAAUAUUGAUUAAUUCAAUAUUUCGUUUCAAAUUUCUACACAUUUUGCAAAUUAUUUAAUAUUAAGAACUUACGUUUUUUUACAAUCAACUGUUUUCUGUUCAUUUAAAAAAUGUAAGGAAUAAUGGCAUUUAACGUUUGCAAGUCAAAUGCAGCCAAUGUAAAGGAAUUUAAUAUACCGCUCGUAUAAUUAUUAAAA